AUGGCCCCCCGCCGAGCAGCUUCGUCCGUCCCCGAGGGAUACAAGGAGAAUCUCUCCAAGGGCAAAAUGCUCCGUUUCGAAGAUUCCCUCCCUCAACUCCCCGUGCCGUCCCUGGAAGAGACAGGUCGUCGGUACCUGAAAUCCGUCCACGCGGUCGUCUCCGAGGCCGAGUACGAGCGCACCAAGAACGCUGUCGAGGCUUUUAUCCGCCCCGGUGGUCAGGGUGAGCCUUUACAGAAGCGUCUGCUGGCUCGUGCAGCCGAUCCUAAGAUCAAGAACUGGCUUGCGGAGUGGUGGAAUCAGGCCGCUUACCUCGGUUACCGGGAUCCUGUUAUCCCCUACGUCUCCUACUUCUAUUCUUACCGUGAUGACCGUGAGCGUCGUAACCCUGCUAAGCGCGCGGCUGCUAUUACCACUGCGGCGCUGGAGUUCAAGGCGCAGGUUGAUGAUGGUUCCCUUGAGCCUGAGUAUCUCCGCAAGGAGCCUCAGGCUAUGAGCUCUUACCAGUACAUGUUCAACUGCUGCCGUAUCCCUGCCGAGGGGGCUGAUUUCCCCCGCAAGUACGCUGCCGCUGAAAACCAGCACAUUGUUGUUGUGCGCAAGAACCAGUUCUUCAAGGUGCCUUUUGUCGUGGAUGGUCAGCAGCUCAAUGUUUCUGAGCUGGAGAAGCAGUUCGAGCGUAUCUAUGAGAUCGCACAGCCUGCGCCGCCGGUCGGUGUCUUGACUGUUGCUGAUCGUGACCACUGGACUGCUGCUCGUAAGAAGCUUGUUGCUGCCGAUGCGGCUAACGAGCUUGCUCUUCAGGAUAUUGAGUCGGCUGGCUUUGUGAUCUGCUUGGAUGACGCCAAGCCCGUCACCCUCGAGGAGCGCGCCCAGCAGUACUGGCACGGUGAUGGCUCCAACCGCUGGUUCGACAAGCCUCUCCAGUUCAUUGUCAAUGACAACGGUACCGCUGGAUUCAUGGGUGAACACAGUAUGAUGGAUGGAACACCCACCCACCGUCUGAACGACCAUGUCAACAACCUCAUCUUCAACAAGAAGAUCGACCUCUCCCCCAAGUCUGUUCGCUCCCAGCUCGCAGACCCCAAGCCCAUCAACUUCAAGCUGAACGACGAGUCCAACGAGGCCAUCGACUUCGCCGCCCAAUACCACCGCAAGCAGAUCGCCUCCCACGAGCUGGUCGUCCAGGCCUACCAGGGCUACGGUAAGGGCCUGAUCAAGAAGUUCAAGUGCAGCCCCGACGCCUUCGUCCAGAUGACCAUCCAACUGGCCUACUUCAAGAUGUACGGCAAGAACCGUCCCACCUACGAGUCUGCCUCCACCCGCAAGUACGCCGAAGGCCGUACCGAGACCACCCGCUCCGUCUCCGAUGAGAGCGUCGCCUUCUGCAGGGCCCACCAGGAUCACACCACCCCCCGCGAGGAGGUCGUCAAGCUGUUCCGUGCUGCCCUCGCCCAACACACCAAGUACACUCAAGAGGCUAGCGCCGGCCACGGCGUCGACCGUCACCUCUUCGGUCUGAAGAAACUCCUCCAGCCCGGCGAGAAGCUGCCCGAGAUCUACCAGGACCCUGCUUUUGCCUACUCCAGCUCUUGGUACCUGUCCACUUCCCAGUUGAGUUCUGAGUACUUCAACGGAUACGGAUGGAGUCAGGUCAUCGAUGAUGGAUUCGGAAUUGCCUACAUGAUCAACGAGAACAGCCUCAACUUCAACAUCGUCUGCAAGCGUCUCGGCGCCCAGCGCAUGAGCCACUACCUCAGCGAGGCCGCCACCGAACUGCGCGACCUCCUCAUGCCCGACUUGGUCGCUCAGCCCGAGAAGCCGAAGCUGUAA